GCCGCGAGUGCCGCGACAGGCAGCUAGUAAACGGCAGAGUUUGACACGUAUGCCGUUUUCCUUGUUCCAAAAUUAUAAAUGUCAAUUACCUGUGGUACCUCGGCUCCCGAAUUCUUAGCCGCAUUGUAAUUAUCAGCAAGAUUUAAGCUGAUCAGUGAGUGUUGAGAACCUCGGCAAGAUGACUAGCGUAGCAGACCAACCAUGCUACACCAUCAUCAACCUCCCCACGGACACGGAGACUCUAAACGAGCUUCAAUUAAAGCAGGAUUUGGAAAAAGGUGACGUCAAUACAAAGAUUGAGGCACUCAAGAAGACCAUUAACAUGAUUCUCAGUGGUGAGAGACUGCCUGGUCUUCUCAUGACCAUCAUCAGGUUUGUUUUGCCGCUGCAGGAUCAUACCAUCAAGAAGCUUUUACUCAUCUUUUGGGAGAUUGUGCCAAAGACUACUCCUGAUGGCAAGCUCCUACAAGAAAUGAUUUUGGUGUGCGAUGCUUACAGAAAAGAUCUGCAGCAUCCUAAUGAGUUUGUCAGGGGUUCUACUCUGAGGUUUUUAUGUAAAUUAAAAGAGCCUGAACUCUUAGAGCCACUUAUGCCUGCCAUAACUGCUUGCUUGGAACACAGGCAUUCUUAUGUAAGGCGUAAUGCUGUCCUAGCUAUAUUUACAAUCUAUCGCAACUUUGAGUUCCUCAUUCCUGAUGCACCAGAUACAAUUGCCAACUAUUUGGAGAGUGAACAAGACAUGUCAUGCAGAAGAAAUGCUUUUCUCAUGCUGUUGCAUGCUGACCAAAGUAAAGCUCUAUCAUAUUUAUCUGCAUGCUUGGAUCAAGUACCAUCUUUUGGGGACAUAUUGCAACUUGUUAUUGUUGAGCUUAUCUACAAGGUUUGUCUUGCUAAUCCAUCAGAGCGUGCUCGGUUCAUAAGAUGUAUUUAUAGCUUACUCAACUCACCAAGUGCUGCAGUUCGAUAUGAAGCAGCUGGUACAUUGGUAACACUUUCGAGUGCUCCAACUGCUAUUAAAGCUGCUGCAUCUUGUUAUAUUGAACUAGUUGUAAAGGAAAGUGACAACAAUGUAAAGUUAAUUGUUCUGGAUAGGUUGGUGUCUAUGAAGGACAGUCCUAAUCAUGAAAGAGUUCUUCAAGAUCUUGUUAUGGAUAUUUUGCGUGUUUUGGGAUCGCCAGCUUUGGAAGUCAGGACGAAAACCCUCGCUUUAGCGAUGGAUUUAGUAACAACGAGAACUAUUGAUGAGAUGGUACAGUUAUUGAAGAAAGAAAUCAUAAGGACAGCUGGAGGAGAACAAGAAGAUGCUGCAAAGUACAGGCAACUUCUCGUUAGAACAUUGCACUCUUGCUCAAUCAAAUUCCCUGAUGUAGCGGCGGCAGUUAUUCCAGUAUUAACAGACUUCCUAUCCGAGAACAGUGAAGCAGCCGCAAAUGAUGUUCUUGUGUUUAUUCGCGAGGCCAUCCAAAGAUUUGAUAAUUUGAGACCACUCAUUAUUGAAAAACUUCUUGAGGUAUUUCCACAAAUUCGCUCGGUUAACAUUCAUCGAGGAGCUUUAUGGAUACUCGGCGAGUAUGCUACUUCCAAGGAAGACAUUGAAACAGUGAUGGUUCGUGUGAGGUCUGUUAUGGGUGAAUUACCUCUUGUAGAGGCUGAAAACAAGAGACAAGCUGGCGAUAAACCUCCAGAAGAAGAAGAGGGUAGCACGCAAUCUACACCAGCUCAGUUGGUUACUCCUGAUGGAACAUAUGCAUCGCAAAGUGCUUUCAGCACUACUUCAACAGGAAAGAAAGAAGAGAAGCGCCCCGCUCUCGUGCAAUACAUGAUGGACGGAGAUUUUUUCAUUUCAGCAGCACUGGCAACAACUUUGGCGAAAUUGGCACUUCGCUACAAAGAGCUUGAGAAAGACUCCAAAAAGAGCAAGAGAAUGCAAGCCGAAUCUAUGCUCAUUAUGUCAAGCUUACUGCAACUUGGUCGGUCAGGACUUCCAACCAAGGCUAUGACGCAUGACGAUACCGAGAGAAUUUUACUAUGUCUCCGAUCGUUGGCUUGUCCGACACCGUUUGUUCAAAAAGUUUUCACGGAGGGAUGCAGAGAUGCCUUAGGCAAGAUGCUCGCUGCUAAAGCGGAAGAGGAUUUGCAAAAUCAAAAGGCAAAAGAAAAGCCAGGCAACGUCGUACAAGUAGACGAUGCAAUCCAUUUCUUACAAUUAACCACUGGUUCAGACCUAACAAACGGAGUCAACGACGUGUUCGAGCAGAGCUUGAGCGCUGCAGUUGCUGGUAGACCAGGUGGUGAAAAAGAUACGCCAACGCCAAAUGCCCUGAGCAAGGUCACUCAACUCACUGGUUUCUCCGACCCUGUUUACGCCGAGGCCCUUGUUCACGUCAAUCAGUAUGACAUAGUACUUGACGUGCUUAUAGUCAACCAGACGGAGGAUACGUUACAGAAUUGUACACUUGAGUUGGCUACAAUGGGUGACUUGAAACUCGUCGAGAGGCCACAGCCAAUUGUUUUAGCGCCAAGGGACUUCGCUAGCAUCAAGGCCAAUGUCAAAGUUGCGUCCACGGAGAAUGGCAUUAUUUUCGGCAAUAUUGUGUACGACAUUCAUGGAGCUGCAUCUGACAGAAGUGUCGUUGUUCUCAAUGAUAUUCAUAUCGACAUCAUGGAUUAUAUUGUGCCAGCAACUUGUACUGAUGCUGAAUUCAGACAAAUGUGGGCUGAAUUUGAAUGGGAGAACAAAGUUUCAGUAAAUACUACUUUAUCAGAUCUUAGAGAAUAUCUUGCUCAUCUACUAAAAUCCACGAAUAUGCGAUGCCUUACUCCAGAAAAGGCCCUUUCUGGACAAUGUGGAUUUAUGGCUGCAAACAUGUAUGCCAAAUCAAUAUUUGGAGAAGAUGCAUUGGCAAAUUUGUCGAUCGAGAAGCCAUUGAAUAAACCAGAUGCCCCAGUUGUCGGUCACAUUCGUAUUCGUGCUAAGAGUCAAGGCAUGGCACUGUCGCUUGGCGACAAAAUAAAUUCUGCUCAAAAAACUGCUCAGAACAAAGUAGUGCAAGCAGCCUAAUCGUUGGAAUGAGUGCGCAGCGCACCCAUUCCAGCGAUUAAGCCGCUCAAUACGGUUUAUAUUUCAACCGAGCGAUAACUCAGCCGCGCCGCUCGCAGGUACCGUUGGCGGGAGACUUUGAAUGCAGAUGUAUGUGUCGCUUCCACGGACCUUCGAGAAUGCCACGGUACACGAUAAAUCAUUUCGCAAAUUGCAUUGUUGCGCUUUACGACACGAUGAACCUAUAAACAGAACUACUGGGCACACAAAAUUCAUUUGGAAUUGUACCAUUGCGUUUAAAGAUUCGCUUAAAGCGCUGACUUUGAAGAGAGAUUGUUUUUUUGAAAAUACGAUAAUAAGGUUGCAUGUAUUUGUAGUUAAGUAAAUAAAUAUUAUAUAUG